GUUCUCUUGUUGAAACCAUCACAUAAAAUUUUACUGUGUUCUAUUAACACACAUAAAUUUGAUAAUGUUUAUUAAAAUCACCUUGAUAGUCGCUGUACUAUUAGCACUGUGGACCAUAGCCUAUGGUCAAGACUGUAGCCCAAAAGGUAUGAAACGGUUUGAUAUAACAAUGGCCCGAUUGGUUACGAUUGCCAACUCUGGCCGUAAGUUUCCCGAAGCUAAAGGAACAGAAAUGAAAAAGUGGUGCGAUGAAUCUGAUGUACUAACCAAAGAACUGGAGACAUACAAACAAAAAUGCUUCAAAGAUUUGAGCAAGCAAGUGUUUGGCGUAAUGAUCUACUCCAUCAAAAAUACAUUAAGGUCGUACUGUAAAUCUGGUAAAAAGCAGGACUCUCUACUUAAGGCUACCCCAUGUUUAAACCAUAAUGAUCCGUUGGUUACCAAGUGCUACACCAGUUUUAUUGACGGCUUGUUGGGCGCACAGAAUGCCAACGACACCAAAAAGAUACCCUAUUUGUGCUGCGAGUACGUUAAGAUAUUUCCGUGUUUUGACGAGAAACUAUCGCCGGCUCCCAAAUGCAAUCAAAAAGGCAUCGAUUUUGUCAGCGAUUUGAUCCGUAGUAUAGCCGGCAAUGUUGUCGACUUGAUUUGUGGCGACUAUGUAGAGGGCUCCGAUAAAUGCACUCAUCUAGGUCCGCCGCCUAAGAAAUCUAAAAAACAGCGCCGUUUGAAGUCAUUCGCUGUGCCGGUGCUCGACCUCUUGUCCUCCUUCCCAGAGGUGUAAUGAUCAAG